AUGGGGGUAAAGCGCAUUUACUCUGAGUUGCCAGAAAUUCAGAUUGACCUUCCCACGGCUUAUGUGACACUUGAACGCUUUCUUGUUCAAUCUCUCGAACUGGGAUAUGUUCCCAAGAAGCUUGCUGGCGAAAUGCCGACUAAGUCCCGCAGACGUUUUGUUUCCGAGGGAGACGCUCUUCAUCGUACGGCUGUCAAUUUAGAUCAUGAAACAUAG